AUGCACGGGCGGCGGCGAGACCAGCUGCCAGUGCUUUCUCCUGAGAAGCAAGAAGAGCAGCGGCAGAAGGUUCGGUUGGCUUUCGCUUUGCUGCAGCGGCUGCUGCAGCAGCGGUGCUCGGGUGUACGUACACCUGAGGCCCUGCGGGCCACACGCACGCUGCUGGAGUUUCACUCCGAGCUGGCUCCUCUAUGGAAUUACAGAAAAGAAAUCAUCAGCAGCUGCUGCAGCAGCAGCUGCAGCAGCAGCAGCAGCAGCAGCAGCAGCAGCAGCAGCAAACAGCAGCAGCAAAACAACGACACCCAACAAGAUACGCCGCACUCGGAUAGCACCAAGACAGAAGCAAAUAACGACAGCAGCAGCAGCAGCAGCAACAGCAGCAGCAACAACAUCAGCACCAGAAUCGACAAGAGCCGCCGCAGCAGCGACAUCAUCAUCAUCAACAGCAGCAGCAGCAGCAACAGCAGCAGCAGCAGCAGCAGCAGGUCAGGGGUCGAUAGUAUAUCUUUGUCUUCGUUGCUGCAGCAGGAGCUGCAGCUGACGAGUUGUUUAAUUUGCAGAGGCAAGAGCAAGGCCUACUGUUUGUGGCUGCACCGCAGCUGGGUGCUGGCGAAGCAAAUCGAGCUGCUGCUGCUGCCGCUGCUGCAGCACACAGAAACAGAACAGCAGCAGCAGCAGCAGCAGAAGCAGCAGCAGCAGAAGGAGCAGCAGCAGGAGAAACAAGAUGGGGAGUAUCAGCAGGAUCAGCAGCAGCAGCACCAGCACCAGCAGCAGGAGCAGCAGCAGCAGGAUCAGCAGCAGCAGCAGCAGCAACAGCAGCAGCAGCAGGAGCAGCAGCAGCAGCAGCAAAGUAUUGAUAAGAGUGUAUUAGUUUCGUGUAUCGAUGAGUGUAUAUCUGUGCUGCAGCAGGAGCUGCAUGCAUGCAAGCUGCUGCUGCAGCAGCAAGACAACCGAAACUUUCACUGCUGGCAGCACAAAAUGAUGGUGGGGGGAUGGCUAGCAGCAGCAGAAUAUCUUAAACAAAAUAUUUAUUCUUAUGCUGCAGCACAACAAGGGGAGGUGGCAGCCAGUGGGGUCGCUGCAUCUGGCGCGGGUCAGCAGCAGCAGCAACUGCAGCAGCAGCUGCAGCAGCAGCUGCAGCAGCAACCCGCUGAGCCUGGGGGGGCCCGCGGUGUCCCCCGUGUGGCAGUUUGUGCUGCAGCAUCCGCUGGCUCUCGACAGCGCAGCAGCAGCAGCAGCAGCAGCAGCAAAUAA